AUGGGCACGCCAAAGGGGAACGAGGGCCUGUUUGGUUCAGAGCAGCCUCCGAGGCACCGGGCUGGUUUGUUUGGAGGGCCGGUGGGCGGCGAUGCUGAGAGGAAAAUUUACGGGCCAAGUUGGCAGGCACGCCCUGAGCUGCGUCUGCCCGCUCUGGAGGAAUGUGGAUCUUCUGCCACAGCCGGUGCCAAAGCCGUCCCGAGGCACGAAGUUAACAAUGUGGGCCUUUUGUCUUUCUCCUCUGCCCCCCCUCCCCCUCAACCUUCGCUCUUUCCUGCAGCGCAAAUCGAAGUGAUCCCCUGUAAAAUAUGCGGGGAUAAAUCUUCGGGGAUCCACUACGGUGUUAUCACCUGCGAAGGAUGUAAGGGAUUCUUCCGCAGAAGCCAACAGAAUAAUGCCACCUACUCUUGCUCGCGCCAAAGGAACUGCCUCAUCGACCGGACCAACCGCAACCGAUGUCAGCACUGCCGCUUGCAGAAAUGCCUGGCCUUGGGAAUGUCCCGGGACGCGGUGAAGUUUGGCCGCAUGUCUAAGAAGCAACGGGACAGUCUUUACGCCGAGGUGCAAAAACACCAGCAGAGUCAAGAGCAGAGCGGAGAAGCCAAGGAAGAGCCGGAGACCUUGUCUCGAGUCUACACCACCAGCGUGAGCAGCGGCCUCUCCGACCUGGACGACAUCUCCAUGCUCUCCGACGGCUUCCUUUUUGACUUCCCUUUGACCCCGGAUGGGAACAGCAAUUACUACAACCUUGACCUCUUGACCUCAGCCCAGCCGUCGCCCGACCAGUCCAGCGUUGACCUCAGCGAUGCCAAGUUCAUUAAACAGGAAUCCAUUUACGAGCUGGUGCUGGACCCCGCCUUCUACGCCCACGGCCCCCUCGAGAGCAGCCCAUUGGUCUCGGACGUUUCCGGGACGGAGAUCGAACGCCUAGCCCAGAACGUGAUCAAAUCACACCUGGAAACGUCCCAGUACACAAGUGAAGAGCUGAAGAGGCUGGCCUGGACGCUUUACUCACAAGAAGAAAUCAGAGGCAUGCAAAACAAGAGCUGCGAGGCUUUGUGGCAGGAAUGCGCCCUGCAGAUCUCGAACGCCAUCCAGUACGUGGUGGAAUUCGCCAAACGCAUUGAAGGUUUCAUGGAGCUCUGCCAGAACGACCAGAUCAUCCUCUUGAAAGCAGGUUGCUUGGAAGUUCUCCUCAUCCGAAUGAUUCGGGCCUUCAACCCGUUGAACAACACAGUGCUCUUUGAUGGGAAGUAUGGUGGGAUGCAGAUGUUCAAAUCUCUUGGCUGUGACGAUCUGGUCAGCGCCAUCUUUGAACUGGGAAGGAAUCUUUGCAGGCUGCAGCUCUCCGAGGAAGAGGUGGCCCUCUUCACAGCAGCAGUGCUGCUCUCGCCAGAUCGACCCUGGCUGUCGGAGUCCAAGAAAGUCCAGAAACUCCAGGAUAAAAUCUACUUGGCUCUCCAACAAGAAAUUCAGAAGAAAAACUCCAGUGAAGACAGACUGUCCAAGAUGGUCUCAAAGCUGCCCUUCAUGAAGACAAUUUGCAACCUGCAUUUGGAUAAGCUAGAGUUCUUCCGUCUCGUCCACCCGGAGACGGCCACGAAUUUCCCGCCCCUUUACAAAGAGGUCUUCAGCUCCGAGCUCCACUUCGGCAAUCCCCAGGAGAGCUAAGGGUCCUUAAGAGGCUUCCGGGACCGAGCUGAGCUUUUUCCUGGAAGUCUGGAAAUGGACCAAAACUUUGGAGGCUGGUUUGGGGCAAGGGAGGGGAGAGACGCCCCCCUGAGAGGUUCAUUUGAAACCAAGUAACUGAACUUUGCAGGGCUUUGCAAGACAAUAGCUAUUGAAUGUAUUUGCACCUUGGCGGAUCCACAAACGCUGACUUGUUCACACUGUUCUGGUGAAAUGAAUGUGAACCGCCGUUCGGUAAGAAAGAUACCCUGGUAAGCAA